AUGUCGAACAUCCUACAACCACUAGUCUAUUACAUCAAAAACGAGUUCAUCGAGACUGACACAGGAAACAAAGUCUCUCGAAGAGCAACAAUCGCAGGUCCGCAAAACAUAAUCCUCGGAGGAAAGACUAUCAUCUCCAGUGGUGCUAUUAUCCGCGGUGACCUGAGACGAACGGGUCCAGGUCAUACGGUUGUCAUACAGCUUGGGAGGUAUUGUGUUAUUGGGGAGAAUUGUGUUGUUAGACCUCCCUACAAGACCUACCGUGGACAAUUCAAUUACUAUCCUAUGAAGAUUGGUGACCAUGUACAUAUCGGCGCUGGUAGUAUCGUUGAAGCAGCCUCGAUAGGAAGCCACGUCGAGAUUGGGAAGAACUGCAUCAUCAGUAAAUUCGUCAUCAUCAAAGACUGCGCAAAGAUCGCAGACAACACAGUCCUCAUGCCAGGCUGCGUCGUACCCGCCCUCGCUCACUUUUCUGGUGCACCGGGUCAGUUUGUCGAGGAUUUACCGGAAUCGACGCAGGAGGUUAUUGAGGCGGAGACAAAAUCUUAUUAUGAUCGGUUCCAGCCGCUGGAAGGAUGACACAGCUUCGUUAAUCUGUCAUUUUCUCGUUUCCAUACCCUUGAGAUUUAUACCUUGUUCCUUCAGCAAAAUUAUGGUUGUAUAAUACAAUAAAUAACGUAUGUAGCUUUACC